AUGUCUGUUGACCUUUCCAACUUCAAAAAAAGCCCAGCCGAGAACGAAUUCCGUUCGGACACUUUCACUACGCCCAGCGUGCUGAUGGUGGCCGCUUUGGCUAACUCCUCCUUGGGUGACGCCGUGUAUAACGAGGAUGACUCAACCACCAGAUUAGAAGAGAAGGUGGCCAAACUUGCUGGAAAAGAAGCUGGUCUUUAUUGUGUUUCAGGAACGUUGCUGAACCAGAUUGCUUUAAGAACGAACUUGUUCCAGCCUCCGCAUGGCGUUCUCUGUGAUCAUAGAUCUCAUGUCUACAUUCACGAAGCAGGAGGGUUACCUACGCUUUCCCAGGCAAUGGUGCAAACAGUGGCACCAAAGAAUGGUAUACACUUGACUUUGAAGGAUGACAUUUUGCCUAAUUUCGUGCCUGACGAUGGUGAGAUUCAUGGUUGUCCCACAAAGGUCAUUUCUUUGGAGAACACUUUGCAUGGCAUGUUGUUUCCUUUAGACGAGAUCAAGCGUAUCUCUGCAUUUUGUAAAGAGAACAAUGUUCGUUUGCAUUUGGAUGGCGCCAGAUUGUGGAACGCCUCGGCCGCCACAGGUAUUUCCAUUGCCGAGUAUGCUUCCUACUUCGAUUCCGUCUCUCUCUGCUUGUCGAAAUCAUUGGGUGCACCAAUCGGCUCUAUUCUUGUGGGACUGAAUCAAUUCAUUAGAAAAGCUAACCAUUUCCGUAAACAAAACGGUGGUGGUAUCAGACAAAGUGGUCUCCUAGCAGAAAUGGCUCUGGUUGCCAUAGAUGAGAACCUUGGGAAGUUGGCUCAGGUCGACGAAAGAGCCAAGGCUAUUGGAAAGUACUGUGAGGACCUUGGUAUAGUUCUUGAGCACCCAGUUCAUACCAACUUUGUUUUCAUUGACCUUGCCGCCAGCAAGAUCAAUAACGAUUUCUUCGUCCAGGCUGCAGAAAAACAUAACAUCAAGGCAUAUGGAAGCAGAUUGGCAUUCCAUUACCAGAUCAGUGACGAAGCCAUCGAGAACUUGAAGAAGGUUCUUAAAGAGACGGCAGAAGAAGCCAAAAGGAACCCUUGCGAAACGAGCGAAGUACAGAAGUUGUACAAUGUCUACGACUCCAAAUAA